GCUGAGUCCUCAUUUUAUUCUUUUUCCAUUCUCCAGACCAACGUUUUUUCCACCAUGGGUUUAUAUAUAAUGUGUGAUGAUUGUCUUCCACAUUCAUAUAUAUGAUUAUAUUGUAGUUGCAUAUAUAGGCCUUUAUUUAGAGGGUAUUUUCCACUCCAAUCCAACAAGUUCUAUCAAUUUAACUCCAUGUUGCAUUCUACUACCAUGUCCUCUUUCAAACAUGGUCUUGGUCUCUACCUUCUUCUACUUGUCUUUUCCCACAUCCUCCUUACAAGUCCAGUGACUUGUGCCUGCGGAGAGAAGGAGAAGGAUCUACUUCAUGACAUCAACACAUACAGAAAAGUUCUAAACCUUCCUAUCCUAGAGAAAACUGACAAGCCAUCUUGUUUAGCCAACAAAAUUGCAAAUGAUCUUGAACAUAAACACUGCGAAGAAUUUCAUAACUACUACCCAAAUAUACCCGGUAAAAAUCCCAAAAUUCCUAACUUCGAAAAGAGUGUUGAGAAGUGUAAGAUCAACAUCAAUACCACAAAAGAUGGGGUCAUUAUGCCAAUGUGUGUGCCUAAAUUGGACCAAGAUGAUUUGUUUUCUAAUUAUACUAAAAAUAGUCACUUUACAAAGUAUUUAAAUAAUUCAAAGUAUAUUAUAGCAGGGGUUGGUUCUGAAGAUGAUUGGAUGGUUCUUAUUAUUAGCACUAACACAACUUCUGGAGAUUUUUCUUCUGCUAAUUCUUUGCUUGUUGGAGCUUGGAAGGGUCAAUGGUUGUUGAUGACUACAUUCUUGAGUGUGUUUGUUUUUAUGUUCAACUAAAUUGAUUUUUCUUUUUUGUUUUGUUUCUUGUGUGCUACAUUUGAUGGAAUUUUCUCUUUUUAUUCACAUAUAUUUCUUUGUUAUUGGAUCAAGAUUUUUCUAUUUUGUAUUUCUUUGUAUAUUGGAUUUGGAGUGUUCUUUAUUAUUUUUUAUGAGCAAGGAUUUGUCAAUUUCAAUCAUUUUGUAAAUGUGUUGAUUCAUGAUAUGCUAUCGCAAAUAUCAAUGUACUUGUAAGGGGUCGUAUUGA